UAUUUUUUUCCAUUUCUCUUCGUUCUCAGAGUGCGCUCAGAGUUUUUCUCAUGUUGCCGCUCUUUGCUUCCUUGUUGCUGGUUGCGACUGCUCUGUCCGCCAGCAGUCCGCCCGCCCUCGCGCUGGACAACGGUCUCGCCGAACUGCCAGUCAUGGGCUGGAAUACAUGGUGCACGGACGAUUACUGUGGGCUGUUUGAUUUCUGCUACGAGGAAGAGAUUAUGCAGAUGGCCGAUGCGAUGGUGUCUUCGGGCAUGCAAGACUUGGGCUAUCAGUACAUCAACUUGGACGAUUGCUGGGGCGGCCCGCGCUCUGCGAACGGCACGCUUACCGCAGACACUUCGCGCUUUCCGAGCGGCAGCUUGGCCAAGGUCACCAGCUAUGUCCACUCUCUCGGUCUCAAGAUGGGCCUGUAUCUGUGUGCUGGCAACGAAACGUGCAAGUACAAGCGUCCUGGCUCGUGGGGCUACUUUGAUCAGGACGCACAGACUGUUGCGGACUGGGGCAUUGACUUUGUCAAGCUGGACUGGUGCAACCAUCCCAACCUUCCUCCGCCCACUGUCUACGGCAUGAUGCGCGAUUCCCUGAACAAGACCGGGCGCCCCAUUGUGUUUUCAGCCUGCGAAUGGGGCGAGGACGAGCCGUGGACCUGGGGCAUGGAGACUGCCAACAUGUGGCGUGUGCACAAGGAUCAUCUUCCCCUUUGGGGAUCGGAGCAAGGCACGGCCAACAUUAUUCAGUCGAUGGCCCACUUGUCCAAGUAUGCUGGACCUGGAGGCUGGAACGAUCCCGAUUUCCUGAUGACCAUGUUGCCACCGUUGACUGAGCGCGAGUCCCGCACCGAGUUUGCAUUCUGGGCACUGUUUGCUGCACCGCUCAUUGUCGCAACGGACAUUCGCAACAUGACCGACGUCAAGCAAAGCAUCUUGCUCAACCCGGAAGUCAUUGCCAUCAACCAGGACGCCUUUGCCAUUGCUGGCGACAUUGCGCUCAACAACACCGACGGCACGCAGGUUUGGACAAAGCCGCUCAGUCCUUCGGUCGACAACCGCUACGCCGUCAUCCUGUACAACUCGAACGAUGUUGGUGACAAGAACAUUACGAUUCCAUGGUCCAUUCUGAACUGGGGAAACAAUGCCCAGGCGGAAGUGCGCGACUUGUGGGCGCGUGAACGCAUCGGCUACAUCAAGGCCAACUACACCGCCAUCAACGUCCCGCCACGCGGUCACAUGUUGAUCUCGAUUACAAUUUUGCAGUAGUAGAAGACGACGGGACGGCGCACGCUUGUCCGCGGUGUGCAACAGCUUGUUGCAAUACAACUUUGUCCUUUACGUUCAAUCCACACAAUUACACUACAAAAAAAG